AUGGUCAAAGCAUUGCAAUCGCUCCGAAGGACGACGAGGCUCCCCAGAGGGUCUACGAUAAUCCUGUUUACUUUGUCCCUCGCCACGUUGACGGUGGCGGUCCUUACAUUCCUGGUAUUCUCAGAAGUUCAAACACAGUUCGAGCCGUUAGGGACACAUACGCCGUGUGAGAUAGGAGUACUUUACAGGGGGCCAGCGGGCAUUCCCGCGUUGCGCAGCAAAGCCGAUCUGGGACCGCUAAUGCAAGCACGUGGAUUUACAGACGGCGCCGAAGUAGGUGUGCAGAGCGGCGUCCACGCGCAACAAAUUCUCCAAGCCUGGACCAGCUGUCAGAAGUUUCAUCUGGUGGACUUGUGGGGGCAUCAAGAAAACUACAAAGAUUCGGCCAAUGUUGUUCAAGACAAACAGGACAGCCUCUUUCAAUCCACACAGAAUCGGCUGCAACCAUGGAGGCACAUUACAACCUUCCACCGGAUGCUUUCGACGCAAGCGGCACAGCGAAUUCCGGACCAGUCCCUGGACUUUUUCUACAUUGAUGCUCGCCACGACUACUGCGGUGUCACAGAAGAUUUGCGAGCAUAUUACCCGAAACUCCGACCGGGAGGUAUUCUAGCGGGGCACGACUUCUUAUCCGCUGCUGAGAUCAAGGCAUCGGACCCCGCUCAAGACUGGUCCCUUUGUAUGGAUGGCACGGUAAACGCGGGAGCGGUCAAAGGUGCGGUGGAGCAGUUUGCUCUGGACGAAGGUCUAACUUUUUCCGUCGUGUACGCCAUGAACGGAGUUUAUCGAUCGUGGCUUCUGCAGAAACCCACGCGCAUGGAGUGCGUUGAGACUAUGGGAGGCUACGGCUCAGAUCUAGUGCGACCCGUGAAAUAA